AUGAAAGACUGCGAAUUCCCAGUUCUCCAUGAUGGUUUCUCACCCCUCGAGGUAAUCCUCGGCACGAGGAUAUAUUCAAGUGAUGUAGAUUGGGACAGCCAAAACAUUCCUGUAACGAAUGAAAAUGCACAACGGAAUGGCUGUCGCAAAAAUACUUAAGUAUUUCAAGUACUUUUAACCCUUUCGUUCGUAAGUUUCUUAGAAGGAAAGGGCCGCUAAAAAUACCACCAAGAAAGGAUUUAUUUCUUGGCAUCGAUCUUACUAGUAUGAUGUCAAAAUUGACGUAGACUGUUUGGGGAUAUAUUUUCCUCAAAGCUACCACGUAUUCGGUACCAAAAAACCAAAAAUCCUAUUUUUGAAAUUUUUAACAUAUAAAACCUUGACGAAAACUGCAAAGUUUUGAACAUUUUAUGGCGUCAUUUCUGUGCUCCAUUAGAGUGUAGACAGUGGAAAAUUGUGGUCGAUUUGUUUUUUACAAUAAUAUUUAUUUUUUCUACGAAACAACCGGCACUGCGCGGCAUGUUACGUCAUUUCCAUGGUCUAUCCUCUCAUUCACCAUAGCUCUCCACCAAUCAGCGCUCGACGAUUCGCUCAGUUAUUGUAAAAAGUGAUUUAUCCGAUGGAUAGCGUUAUCCACCUUUUGAACAACUGGAGCCUGGUUAGUCUCCCUCCGGCAGCCGUUUUUUGAAACGGCUGCGAGGGAGACUAGGGCCGAGUAUGUAAACAAAUUCUAGGCCUAUUGUCGAAAAACAAACUUCGAAGGAAUUUCCAAUUUUUGAUUUAAAUCGUCAUAAACUUAUUUCUUUUAAUAAAUUUAAAUUUUCCAGUGCUGUUAAAAAAAAAACAUUUUUUAUAGUCUCGUAAGUUUUUUUCUAUUCUAGUAUACUGAACAAACACUAUUUCUUCUUAUUAUUUCUUUUUUCACAAAAAAAUAGGAAAACGUUGCGAAUUUUUUGAUGAAAAUUAUUGAAAUUCAGCGACUAAUGUUGAAAGUACAAUUUUAUAGUCAGAAAGUCUUCUUUUCUGUUUUGUAUGUAUAAAAAAAUUUCUAGGCUUAAAGUUUCACAAAAACAAACUAGGAAAUAAUUUCAGUUUUGACGAAAAUCUGGGACUAUUCCCUUUGAUCAAGAAUCGGCGAAGCGGCGAGGAACGAGGGCGAAAGCCCCCCGGGGAAAGCCCGAGUGAGGAUAACCUGAAAUCAGGGGCAACGAAAAUAGAGUCCAACGGGAGGUUAUUUCUCUUCACCCCGAUCUUUCCUUUUUUUCACCAUUGAUCAGCAUAAUUUUAUUCUUUCACUCGCCGCUCUUGGGACUGUGGAAAGAAGGGCGACCGGAGGCGGUGACUCAGUGUAUGCGAAGAACUCGUAACCAGUAAACAGGCAUCCCAGGAGGAUUGAUGAACAUUUCAUAACGUCAUCAGAGCUUGUUAAAAGUCAAUAAAGAGCAAUUUAUAUGCCUCACAACGUCUACUGUUUACAUCUUGAUAAGAAAUCCACGGCGAACUUCAAACGUGCCGUUCAUUCCUUUAUUGAUUGUUUGCCAAACGUUUUCAUAACAAAGAAAUUGAUAGACGUUGUUUGGGGACACGUGUCCGUUUUGCAAGCACAGUUGAACUGUAUGGAAGAUCUUUUCCACAGCGAUAUACCGUGGAAGUAUUUAAUCACGUUGGUAGCACAAGAUUACCCCCUUUAUGACAACAAGGGCAUCGUUGAGGGGCUGAAAAAACUCAACGGACUGAACAACAUAGAGAGUUAUCCCAUGCCUAAGCGCUUUGCCAAACGCGCAAACGAAAUCUGGACUCUCACGGAAACAGGGAAAGGGAAAGAACACGAUGGUUACAGAAUGGAUCGUACAUGGAAACCAAAGGUCCCCCUUUCUCAUAACAUCACUAUAAUGAAAGGAUGGAACCAUAUUGCAGCAACAAGGAAAUUUGUGGAGUUUGUACGAUAA